CCGCUCCCCCCGGGCCGGAGCGGAGCUGCAGCCGCGGCCGCGGGCGGGCAGCAGGAGGACUCUGCUCCUGUCAGCACAGCUCUGUUUCACUGCUCCCUGGGUGAACAGGUGAAGCCAACCCAGAGAGAGACUUCACUCACCUUUUAAUGAACGACAAAAAACAGGUUCAACUUGUCAGUCAUUGAUCUUUUUAUUGCCACUCCUUGUUCUCAAAAUCCUGCUCUCAUGAUGGCCUAAGCCUCAUUAUUGAGAGCUUGUUCUGUGUGGAUGUUCCAAUGGCACAGAAGCACUGCCACGGCCUCCUACCCAGCAGAGCUGCUCCCCAGAGCCAGAGGGAUGGUGGUAGUCACGGGGCAGAACAAAGUGAGUGCCACCCCGGAUGAUGCCAUGUCGAGCUCGGAUGCAGAGGAUGAUUUCCAAGAGCCGGCCACUCCCACCGCCACCCAGGCAGCACAAGCGCUACCUCUGCUGCCCCAGCAGUUCCCAGAAGUUGUCCCACUGAAUGUGGGGGGGAUGUUCUUCACCACCAGACUGUCCACGCUGCGCAGGUACGAGGACACCAUGCUGGCAGCCAUGUUCAGUGGCAGGCACUACAUCCCCACGGACGCCGAGGGCCGGUACUUCAUCGACAGGGACGGCACCUACUUCGGAGACAUACUAAACUUCCUACGAUCUGGUGAGCUGCCCCCCCGAGAGCGAGUGAGGUCAGUGUACAAGGAAGCUCAGUAUUAUUCCAUAGGACCCUUGCUAGACAAUCUAGAGGAUAUCCAGCCUCUUAAAGGAGAAAAAGUUAGACAAGCUUUCCUGGGCCUAAUGCCAUAUUACAAAGACCACCUGGAGCGGAUCAUCGAGAUCGCCAAGCUGCGAGCCAUGCAGAGGAAGGCCAGGUUUGCCAAGCUCAAGGUGUGCGUGUUCAAGGAGGAGAUGCCCAUCACCCCCUAUGAGUGCCCCCACUUCAACUCCCUGCGCUUCGAGCGCAGCGAGAGCGAGGCCAAGCUCUUUGAGCACCACUGCGAGGUGGACGUGUCCUUCGGGCCCUGGGAGGCCGUGGCCGACGUCUACGACCUCCUGCACUGCAUCGUCACCGACCUGUCGGCCCGUGGCAUCACCGUGGACCACCAGUGCAUCGGCGUCUGCGACAAGCACCUCAUCAACCACUACUACUGCAAGCGCCCCAUCUACGAGUUCAAGAUCACCUGGUGGUGAGCCCAGGGCACAGCAA